UUGAUGAUGAAGAAUUUGUACAUAUAAAAAAAAAUAUUGAUUUUAGAGAAAACAGUAAAGGGAAACCUUACAAUUUUAAAUUAAGAAACUUAUAUUAUAUUUUUAGAAGUAGGAACAUAGGUUUGGUACAUAUUGCACCAAUUAUUCAAGCUGUUUUAGAUAUUUUUAAUAUUCAUGUUGAAAGUCUUCCAUCAAAAAGUACUGCAGGAAUUCUUACAAGUGAAAUGGGGGUUGUCAGUAGAAGUCAUUUAAAUGAGGAACUUACAAACACUAAAAAUAUUACUAUGCAUAGAGAUGCCACUACCAAGAAAGGAAAACAUUUUUAUGGAUUACAAUUUAAUACUGGGGAAAAAAUUUUAUCUGCAGGGUUAAGAGAAGUAUGUGAUGGGAAGGGGGAGACAUAUGUAGAAGUAACGAAAGAUAUUUUAUCAGAUAUUGCUGAGAAAGAUGAUGACUGUGAUACUAUUUUAAACAAUGUGUCAUGUUUUAUGACAGACCGAUGUUCCACUGAACAGAAAGUUAAUGACAUUUUAAGUAAAGACAUACACCACAAUGUCCAUUCUUUUAAAUGUUCUACUCACCCCCUUUUAAAUUUUUCAGAUGUCUGCAUUGACGAAAUUUUUAAUAUUGAACAAGAAUUGUGUUUUAAAUUUCCUGGUUUUAACAAUUCAUCAAAAGAGCCUUUUACUUUGAAUCUUUUGAGAUCUUUUUCAAAAAUAUUUUUCAAAGAUGGGGUAGGUGAGCCUCAUAAGGUUCAAGUAUAUUUGAAAAAUCAUGGUGUUGGAGAGAUUCCCAUUGUCAAUUUUAGAGGGAAUCGUUUUAAUGUAAUGUUUUACAAUGCUGCAGGUACUUUUUUUAUGCACAAACUUAUUUUACAAUAUUUUUAUUCUUUGAAAACUUCUUACACUCUUAUUCAGAAUUUUAUUAUGUCAUGUUUGCAGAACAAAACAUUUUUAACUCUUUUAAGAUCACUUGGCAUUUUAUGCAAAAUUAUAACAGAACCAUAUUUUUUAAAAACAAAUGAAGUUGGAAACAUUUUAGAUAUGGGCUCUGUAUUUCAGAGAUUUUUAUAUGUUUUGGAUUUGUUUAUUGAAAAUCCAAAGUUGGCGUUGAAUAAUGAAGUUUCACUUUUUUAUGGUCCAUAUUUUUAUGAUGAGGUUUUUGAAUUUUUACUGAAGACUUCAUUAAAUGACGAUCUAACAUGUGUUUUUAUAAAGCGUAUUUGUACUGUUUUAAAAAACAAAGGUAGUAAACUUUUUAGUGAAUUUUUAAGUGGCGGCAAGUAUUUUAAUAUAACUACCACUGAUUUACCAGAAUGCGAGUCCUGUGAUACAAAUAACAUUUGCAUUGAAAGACUGAUGGGCCAAUUAGAUUUCAAAUUAAAAGCAUCGUCCACAUCAUCUUUAAACACUAUCGAAAGUUGCAUUUUAUAUACAAAUAAUAAAACAGACGAAUGGUUAAAAGACAAAGAUUUAAGUAAGCAAGAAGAAAUAAUAAAUAAUGCUCGAACAGAGAACAGGCUGUUUAUGCAAAAAGACAAGGAUAAGCAAGAAGAACUUUUUAUAAAACAAACCAAAAUUCUAGAGGAGAAAGAAAAGGAAGUGCAAAGAAAGAAAGAGAACCAGUCAAAACAAUUGGAUAAUGCAAUUGAGGAUAUGAGAAGGGUAGGACUAUGGGAGUGCGAGGAAAAGAUAAGGGAGGCGUUAGAAAAGAUGAGAACAAAGAAAGAAAAAAUGGAGGCUUUAAAAAAACAAAUUAAUAUUUACAAAAAAGUUUUCAAAAUCGACAAGGAGCAUAGAGAAUUACUGCAAUUCUCCUCAAAAGGAAAACAGUUUGACUUGAACAAGUUACAAGAAAAUCUUUUACAUUUAAUAAAUUUACGGAAAAAUGCACAACAGUCCAAUGUCAAAGCAAGUGAUUUAGUAGGAAAAGAAAUUGUACAUACAUGGACGGUCGAGAGUGGGGAAAACAGAGAUUGGGAGGGCCAAAUAAAGAGUUUUGAUAAAGGAGUUUACAAAGUUGUGUACUGGGAUGAUAAAGAAAGGAAGAAUGGCUGUGAGUUUGAGUUAACAGAGAGAGAAAUUAAUAUUGACAUACAAGAAGGAAAUCUCUUUAUAAAAGAUACUGCCAAACUGGAUCACUGUUACUCAACAUUUUAGUGAAUUUUUAACCUUCACAGACACA